GGAGCGUAGAAAAAGAGGUGGAGGCUCAAACCAGAAGCGUAUCUCAGUCGGUAGCAAACAGUCCUGACAGGUGGCUGUGUGGCAGGGGAAGCAGUAAACAGAAGGGGAAACCAUGAAAAAUGAAGGUAUAGAUGGGACAGAGCGGUUUCUUAGCCCAGACAGGGGUCGAGGCCUCCGGGCGUUGAGGCAGUUCGCGGUGGGAGAGUUGGUGUUCGCUUGCCCAGCUUACUCGUACGUGCUGACGGAGACGGAGAGAGGAGCGCACUGCGAGCACUGCUUCACCAGGAAAGAAGAUCUAUUUAAAUGUGGCAAAUGUAAGCAGGCCUACUACUGCAAUGUUGACUGUCAGAGAGGUGAUUGGCCCAUGCACAAACUGGAGUGUGUUGCCAUGUGUGCCUACGGGGAGAACUGGUGUCCAUCGGAGACGGUCAGACUAGUGGCCAGAAUCAUCAUGAAACAGCGAGUCACCACAGAGCGCACACCCUCAGAAAGACUACUGCUGCUGAAGGAGUUUGAAGCACAUUUAGAUAAAAUGGACAGUGAGAAGGAGGAAAUGAACCAGACAGACGUCGCUGCACUGCGCCACUUCUACUCCAAACAUAUCGGCGACCUCCCAAAUGAACACGCACUCACUGAGCUCUUUGCACAGGUUAACUGCAAUGGCUUCACCAUAGAAGAUGAGGAGCUCUCACAUCUGGGAUCAGCUGUUUUUCCCGAUGUAGCACUGAUGAACCACAGCUGCAGUCCAAAUGUCAUUGUAACCUACAAAGGCACAGUGGCUGAGGUCAGAGCAGUGAAGGAGAUCAGCCCCGGAGAGGAGAUCUUCAACAGUUACAUCGACCUGCUCUACCCCACAGAGGACCGCAUGGAACGGUUGUUAGACUCCUACUUCUUCACGUGCCAGUGUACAGAGUGCACCACCAAGUCCAAGGACAAAGAAAAGAUGGAAGUUCGGAAGCUUAGCUCCGGAGCACCAGAGCCAGAAGAAAUCCGAUCCAUGGUCCGUUAUGCCAAGAAUGUCAUUGAGGAGUUCAGAAGAGCGAAACAUUACAAGAGCCCGAGCGAGCUGCUGGAGAUGUGUGAACUCAGCCAGGAGAAGAUGGGUGCCAUAUUUGCAGAUACCAACGUCUACAUGCUGCACAUGAUGUAUCAGUCCAUGGGUGUCUGUCUCUACAUGCAGGACUGGGACGGAGCUAUGAACUAUGGAGAGAAGAUUGUUCACCCAUACAGUGUGCACUAUCCGGCCUACUCCCUAAAUGUGGCGUCCAUGUAUCUGAAACUGGGCCGCUUGUAUUUGGGGCUGGAAAAGAAGACACAAGGAGUCAAAGCACUAAAGAAGGCGUUGGCCAUCAUGGAGGUAGCUCAUGGCAAAGAUCACCAUUAUGUCGCAGAAGUCAAACGAGAAAUUGAAGAGCAGAAGUGAGGUUGGGGAAAACAAGGAUCAAGGAGACGGAAGAUCUUCAAAAGCAACAAAACCUAAUGGCAUGGGCAUGCAUCUUUUACCUCUUUUUUGACACCUAUACUCAGUGGGAAUUGUCUCUAUUAUUUUUAUUAUCACAGCUUUUGGCUGAGGAUAAGUACUGUACCGACACCUUCAUCAGCAACCCAACAAGAUGGUCAUUUGUAACAGUAAAGGUUUUUGACCCUGCUUUGUCAUGUCAGCUGCCUUUUGGAGGGACGGCACCUUAAGAUAUGCGUCUUGACUGGAGGUGACAUCAACCAAUGUUCAAACCGCACAAUCUUGUAUAUUUCAUUUUAAGUUAUAUCACACAUCAGUGUUUCUUGCUUCUUUUCAUUCUUGUUUGGUUGCUGGUAUUAAAAAAAACACAUCAGCAGGUACUCUGUAGCAACUGAAGACAAAAUGCAAACUGUUCUUGAGUCAGUAUUUGUUUUGUUUGUGUUUGGCUUGUUUGACUGUACUUUUAAGGUUUGCAUGUUUUAUAAUUCAUGUCGUCAUUUGUUUUCUUUUUAUACAAGGCUUGUUGACCAAAAGCGCCACGGGUUAUAGUUACUUGUCUGGCCACAAUAUUAGGUACACCUGCACAACCUAAUGAGAGUAAACGCAUACUCGUAUGAUGCAGUGCAAUUGUACAGCAUAAUAAUAAACCCAUCUGAUGAUGUAUACUUAUAUUCUAUUUCAAAGUUAGGUUUAUUGUGCAUGUGUAGCUAAUGGUGUGUACUUUGAGUCAUUUUAUAGUCACUGCAGAAGUGAGGCAGAGUUGCUUUGGGGCAAAAGUGUAGCUAUUUUUACUUGUUUGUCAAGCAAAGCAAACAGUAUUUUAGCGUAUUAUUGUUCCCUCUUGUCUAAACAUUUGUCAAUCUACCAAAAUUAUUUAUUUUAUUACUAGCUUCAAGGAAAUUAUGUAAAGAAGCGCUGGCUCCAGGAGGACAAUAAACUCUCAUUUAUACUUUUGGGAAUAAAUGGGAAUAUCAUGUCGUUUAUCAGUAGCUUUUGCAUCUUCCCUCUAAGCAGUGGGUCCAACUAAACCUCUUGUCAUGAGGCGUCACAAUUUGUAGCAACUAACUGCUCUCUGCCUGUAUUUUAAAAAAAGACUCCACACUGAGGUGCCUGUCCUGCUGCCUUCUUUGCAGUGCAAAGAAAAGUAUUAAAUCACAUUUAAGGGCUGUCAGGGAGUAAGCAUUUAAAUUGUUUUUUCCCCAAUGAUGUCAUGAAAGGGAAACUGUAUGGCACAAAAAAAUAGAUUCCCCAAUCAACAUAAAUGCUGCACGAAUAAAAACAUUUUUGGGUAUGUGUACAUUUUGGGUAUGUAAGUUGCUACUUUGUCAAGCAUGAAUGUUUAUAGUAAUAUGGAAUGCAGAUCAAUUCUGACACUCUUUCUGUAUUAUGUCAGUGAAUUCCAAUAAAAAAACGGUAUGACACCCAUUGUCAAUGAGGUGUU